UUCCCUGGAGUUGCCCAGUGUAUUGACAGUGACAUUCGUUCUCUGAUGGGCGUUCUCAACAUGUUCAACAUCAUACCUAAAGGUGUGUACAUAGACAGUGUAAUUGCAGUGGCGAGAACAGAGUUAAAGUGGGAAGUGGACUACCUCCGGGAGGCCAGAUGUGCCCGCAGGUUUAGAGAGCUGGUGAAGAACGAGCCACAGUUCCUUGUCCCCGAGGUUGUGGAUGAGCUGAGUAUGGUAGAAGUGAUCACCUGCGACUACAUGGAGGGAAUCCCACUGGACCAGGGCGAGGAUUUCCCACAGGAAGUUAGAGACAAG